AUGAAUAACAGGAAUAAGGUAUUGAUUCAUUGAAACUUUUUAAAGUUAAGAAUAAAGGAUAUUUUGGGAUAGAAUGAUAUACUUUUGGAUGAAGCCAGCAAUGAAUAAUUUCGGAUUCAGUAAAGGUUCUUAAGAAAUCAUCAAAAUAUGUUUGAAUAAUUGACAUCCACUCUUACAACUAGACCAUUAACAUUUGCAAAAUUUUCGUUUCAAAAGGGUGAAGUGGAAUCAGACGAAUAACUAAGACCCAUUGUGAGUGGAAUUUAUCAGCAUUAGAGAUAGGGUUCUAUGCUUACGAGCGAACUUUGGUCGAAAAAGCAGUGUCGAUAAUAUUUGAAGUAAACCAAGUAUGCAUAAUGUUUAUACGCUCAGUAUGUAGACAGCCAAGGGUGUUCUGAAGAGAUUUGCUCAUUGGGAGUGGGAUUAGAAUACUAAUAAGGAAAGAUUUAAGAAUCUCACUGAAAAGCAUAAAUAAAUUACUUAUACUAAUGAACGCGAAUUGGUAACCAAAUUGUAAUUGGGUACUAUUGAAGGAGAGAAGAGAUUAAGAUAGAAAAUACUGAGAGAUUGGAGAAUACAAUAGAGUUACGACAUCCAAGGAGAAUUAGAGAAGUACAAGGAUUCAGAGAUUAUUAAAUAGAAAGGAAUGAAGUCUCACAAAUAGAGUUAAUCAUAUGGACAAUUACCAUUGAGAUUUUUGAUUAAGAAUCAUCAACUAAACCAUAUUAUAACAGAACUUUCAGAAUUGCAAGAAGAUACGAAGAAGGAUAAGAAGAAUUUUGAUAGAGUGUUAAAAUAAAAGAGAAGUACUAAUCGUUUAUAAAAGAUAUCUUUUGAUUAAUUUUUGUAAGACUGA